AUGUCAGCGGCAAUGGUCCCCGACCUGGACGCUCCCACCAGAGCGCUUUCGCUCUUGCGUACUAUCACUCCUGAUGAUAUGAUCUUCCUCCACCGCGGCCAAACUCAAGAACAGCUAGUCAAGGUACUCUACAACAUCAUGCAUGCACCCCAACCACGCAGAAACCGUAUCUGGCUCCUCGCCAGCGAAUUCCAAGUGAUCGUCACUUUCCUCGUCUGUACGGUCAUGCUCAUCAAAAAGCGUAGCUUGGGGAAACUAUGGAUCAUCACCAAGAGAGACUCUUGCCACGGAACUUUCUACGUAGCCAACGCGGUUUUCGUUCUCGUUGUCGGCGUUGCAGUUUACCUUGUCGCUUGGGGUGUUACCGCUCUUGUUAUUGCUGCCUUUUCUUAUGCUCAUCUUAGCUCGAUGGAGUGGUGGUGGGUGAUCCCUCUUCCGUGGGUACCUUUGGUGAUUGGUGCCUAUGUCAGCAUUCAUGGUUUUGCGGUGGGAUGUAGUCCAGGUUCUCCACUUUGCUCGGUGAAAGCACAACACUCGAACCUUGGUUGCAAGUGGUACUAUCUUGCCAUUCCAAAUUGGCCUGCACUCGUCAAUACUACCCUUAUCCUCCCCUGUGUUUUGUUCUUCAUCAGCGCAAUCGGCCUUGUUUCGAUGUCGGGUUAUCACUAUUACCAUGCCAAAUAUCUCGCUAGAAAGCUUCUUUCCCUCGAGAUCUUGCAUGAGAUCCAUGCUUUGGCUCAUAAUAAAGCAAAGCCUUUUACUGGUGACCAACUUGUCGCAUCCGAUCAACUCAUCUACACCGCACGUAGAGUCACAGCGGCUUACUUCGAAAGUCAUCGUUAUGUUUGCAUCAACCUUGCCAUCUUCGCAGCUGCAUCUUGGGCCCUUUUUAUUCCAUGCAUCAUCUAUGGUUUGCCCAAUAUCGUCAGUUUGGUGGAUCACGUAUGUUCUCGUUACCCGGACCCACUUCCACCCAACUGUACCACAUUCUUCCAAAAACUACUUUAUCUCAUUACCAAAGGCAGACCUUCAUCCAGCAAUAACUCGGCUCAAAUCAACUUGGCGACGUGGAAAAUGACGAUACUAGCUAUCGUCUAUGUCAAUAUUUUGGUCUUUUGCAUUCCCGCUUUCGCCUUCGUUCCCAUUUAUAUUGUCGCAGGUUCUUAUCCGAAGGGCGUGCUAAACGGCGAUAUCGUUCCCGUUAUGACUACAGCCGUGCUGGCUAUUUCUUUGAUUACAAUUGCCAGCUGUACCUUUUUUGCCUCGUUCUGUACAGUUGCCACCUUGGAUCCCUUGUUCAGAGCCGCAAUUGGCUUGAACGUGAUUAGGACGCAGAAUCCAAAAGAUAUUACCGUGGUCCAACAUAGGAGUAGACAUGAACAGAAGAUCGAACUCGGCUUGACUUCACCAAGCAUGUUGGUCAAACAACAGGGACAACUGUCUUUGUCGGGGGUUCAGCAAGUCAAACCGCAAAGCGAAAGGAUGGUCGCCUUUAAAGCUUCAAUGAGCACGAUAACAAGUAGAAAGGUGGAUGAGGAGGAGGAUAAGGAGGAGGAUAGAGAGGAGGAUAAGAUCCAGUAUCCCGAUUAUCCCAGAGAAGAGAUUAGACAUUUCCAGGUGCAUGGGGCUGAGGAGAUGGCCAGUCCGAAUAGCGACCUUUCUUUUACAAAGAGUUCCAUUUGA